UUAUCUUUUUUCGCGUUCAAAAGAAAAAAGUGUCCAAGAAUUUGUUUAUUUGCAUAAGCUUGUGUGAGUGCAGUAGGAAUCGAAUCGAAUUGAGAUCGGGAAUCGGGAAAAGCAGUUGGUGAAAGUGAAAACAAGAAAAAACAGCUAAAACCACAGCCACAGAGUAUCUUCAUCUACGUAUCCUUCCCGUGGAUUAUCAAAAGGAUUCUAGAGCGACGACUUCUUGCUCCCCGACAAAGCGCUAAAUCACUGGGAGCUAUUGCAGAGAAACUACUGAGCCAGCUUCAACGUCCUCCAAGCUGCUGGCGUAGCCCCCCAGAAGAGAAAGAUGCCAGCGGAAAUUAAACCGUCCGCGCCCGCUGAGCCGGAAACGCCGACCAAGAGCAAGCCAAAGAGCAACUCGUCGACGUUCUCAAAGGCCGCUCUAGCCCGCGUUACCCUCCUCGAUGGGUCCAUUCUGGACGUGACCAUUGAUCGGAAGGCCAAGGGUCGCGACUUGGUGAACUCCAUCUGUGCCGGCCUGAACAUCAUUGAGAAGGAUUACUUCGGUCUGACCUAUGAGACGCCCACAGACCUGCGCACUUGGCUGGACUUGGAGAAACCCGUGGCGAAGUUCUUUCGCACAGACCCGUGGCCCCUGUCGUUUGCCGUGAAGUUCUAUCCCCCGGAGCCGUCGCAGCUGCAGGAAGACAUCACGCGCUACCACCUGUGCCUGCAGGUGCGCAACGACAUCCUGGAGGGCAGGCUGCCAUGCACCUUUGUCACCCACGCUCUGCUCGGCUCGUAUCUGGUCCAGUCGGAGAUGGGCGACUACGAUGCCAAGGAUAUGCCCACUCGCGCCUAUCUGAAAGACUUCAAAAUUGCUCCCAAUCAAACGCCGGAGCUCGAGGAAAAAGUCAUGGACUUGCACAAGACCCACAAGGGCCAAUCGCCUGCCGAGGCUGAGUUGCAUUACCUGGAAAACGCCAAGAAGCUGGCCAUGUACGGCGUGGACCUGCACCCGGCCAAGGACUCCGAGGGAGUGGACAUUAUGCUGGGCGUCUGUGCCUCCGGAUUGCUGGUCUACCGCGACAAACUGCGCAUCAACCGCUUUGCUUGGCCCAAGAUCUUGAAGAUCUCGUACAAGCGUCACCACUUCUACAUCAAGAUACGACCGGGCGAAUUCGAGCAGUACGAAUCGACCAUUGGUUUUAAGCUUGCCAACCAUCGGGCCGCCAAAAAGCUGUGGAAGUCCUGUGUGGAGCAUCACACCUUCUUCCGCCUGAUGACGCCAGAGCCGGACAAUAAGUCCACCAUGUUCCCCAGGUUCGGGUCGAAGUACCGCUACAAGGGACGCACCCAAUACGAGACUAGGGCCACGCCCGUGGACCGUACGGCGCCCAAGUUUGACCGAACCCUAUCGGGGGCGCGCCUCACGUCGCGCAGCAUGGACGCGCUCGCCAUGGCCGAGAAGGAAAAGGUGGCUCGGAAGAGCAGCACCCUGGACCAUAGAGGAGACCGGGCAGACCGAGGAAAUGAUGCGGACGCGCACAGCCGCAGUCCCAUAAAGAACAAGAAGGACAAGUUCCUUGAUCUUGAGAUGGACGAGGAGAAGGAGGCCAAGCUCCGAGAGAAGAAGCUCAAGGAGAAGGAAGAGAAGGAACGCAAGGAGAAGGAGAAGAGAGAUCUGGAUGAGAAGAAGAGGGCAGAGAAGGCGGCCAAGGCAGCCGCUGCUGCUGCUGCUGCUGCCGCUGCAGGGUCGGGAGUCAAUGGCAACGACGAGCUGAACGACUCCAACAAGUCCGACAAGUCCGGCAGACGUGGCGUUGGCAUAUUCUCCUCGGGUCGCAAGAGCAAGAGCGGUUCACCAUCGAAGGAUGGCAAGGACAAGUCCGGAAAGGACAAGGACAAAGAAGUGGGUCGACUUGGUCUGGUAGUUACUUCGGGUCUCGGCGAGCAGGAACAGGAUGAGGCCAACAAAAAUGCCGCCAAGAAUCGCGGUUCGGCGACUCCCGGCGUCACACGUCCCUAUGAGUACGCUGUGGGUGCCGACGGCAACACUAGCCCCACACGCAAAUCCUACACACCGGGCGGCUUCCGCUACGACCAGGAUCCCAAUGCCAAGAACCUUGGUGCCGAUGGUCAAGAGCAGCUGUCGCCGACGUCACAGCAGAAGAAGAUCGGCUUGGCCUUCAACUAUGCUCCGGGCAACGAGAAUGCCCUGAAGGAGACGGCCGAGAAGCUCAAAGCUGGACAGCUGUCACCCCGCACCCAGGACAAGCUGAACCGCGGGCAACUGUCGCCCAAGUCCAGGGCCAAGCUCCUGCAAGACGGCAAUCUUUCGCCAACCACCAGAGCCAAGCUCCAGGGCAGUGCUGUGGAUGCCGCCGCUGUACCCCUGAGCGAUGCCCAGAAGCGCUCCUAUUCCCCAACCAAGGGUCCUCAGGGCUACUCCUCCGGGGCACCGGGCAGCUAUAAGCCCAUAUCUGAUCCGACAUCAGAUUUCCUUGAGUCUCAGCGCUACAACAAGGAGCCUGGCUACGUGGGCUUGGGUGAUGCUGGUGCGACUGGUGCUGCUGGAGCUGCUGGUGCUGCAGGUGCUAAGAAGCCUGGCUCGCCCACAAAAACUGGUCCUGGUGUGGUUGCCGGAGCAGGAGCAGGUGCAGCAGCAACAGCAGCCGCUGCAGCCGCUGCUAAGCCUAAGAAGAAGCGCGUGAAGAUAAUGGUCAUUACCUCGAAGUAUGAUCCAGCUACAAAACGCAUUGAUGCCGAAAACGGAACGAUUGAACACUCGACAGGGAUCCUGGAUCCAGCUACUGGACGUAUCGAUACCAAGUAUGGUGUGAUUGACCCAAAGAAGGGCACCUUGGAGGCCCUCAACACUAAGACGGGAAAGAAGGAGCUGUUCCAGGGCGAUGUAGACAUAAAAACGGGCAACCUGCACUUGGUUUCCGGAGUAGCAGAUCCAAAGACGGGACGCCUGGAUGACACGCUUGGCCAGAUUGUGUGCAUAACCCCGCAGGACAAUCCGGUGGUGGAGCUAACGGUGAUCACCAGCCGCAUUGAUCCCGCCACCGGCAAGAUCGAUACCGUCAACGGGGAGGUUGAGCGUUCUCUGGGAGUCCUGAAUUUGGAUACUGGCCUUCUGGAUACCAAGUACGGAGAGAUUAAUACCCGCACGGGAGAACUGAAGGCCAUCGAUCCCAAGUCCGGAAAGAUUGUGGUGAGCAAGAACGUCAAAGUCGAUCCAGGCACUGGCCAGAUCACCAUUUUGGGUGUCAUCGAUCCUAAGACCAACAAAAUUGAUCCCAGCCAAGGCCGCUUGAUCGAAGUGGGCCAGCAAAUCGACCCGAUAGUGGAGGUCACCUCGCUGGCCGGCAAGUUCGACUCGAAGAAGAACAUCAUCGAUGCAAAGACAGCUCAGGUGGAGACUUCCGGCGGUCAGUUCGACCCGAAGGCUGGCAAGAUCGAUACGAAGUACGGCCAGAUCGAUCUGGUCAAGCACACGAUCACCUUCAACGACCCGAAGUCGGGUAAGACAGUGACGCGUGACAUUAAGAUCGAGCCUGCCACCGGCCAGAUUGUGCUGAAGAACCAGAUCAACCCCAAGAACAACAAGCCGGACAAGGACUAUGCCAGGAUAAUCUCGCUGAGGAUCGUGCAGCAGCGCGUAGAUCCCGCAACUAAGGCACCCAUUGCACAGGUCAGCGCCGCCAAGGACAAAGACAUCAUUGUGGAUCCCAAGUCGAACCAGAUCUGGGUGCCCACGGGUGCCAGCGAUCCCAGCACCAAGGAGCAGCAAUACAUUUCCAGCAGCGUCGACCCGAAGACGGGCUACGUCAUCACCAUCUACGGCUACCUAGACCCCAAGACCAACGAGAUCAAGAAACAGACCAAGCUAGACCCCAACACGAUCAAGAUCGAGCCCACUUCUGGAAAGAUUUACACUGCCACCGGCGAGGUGGACAAGGCCACGGGUGAACCGCUGUACGCCGCCACUCAGGUGGAUCCAGAGUCCGGCGAGGUGUACACGAAGCUGGCUCGCGUAGACCCCAAGACCGGAAAGAUCGUCAUCGUUCGCAUCCUGCUCAUUUCCAAGACCGAUGAGCGCGGUCGCCCAGAGGAGAUCGACCCAGAGACCUGCGAGAUCGAUCCCGUCUCCGGGCGUGUUCUUAAGUUCUUCAACAAAACCGUUUACGUUUAUAAUAUGAUUGACCCGGUUACUGGUGAAAUUGUGCAGGUCGACCCCAACGAUCCCCGUUUCGCCGGAGCCCGCACCACUGUGACACAUACGAUGACCCUUACCGGCGAAAUUGACCCCGUGACGGGUCGCAUAAAGAGCGAGUACGGCGACAUAGACCCCAACACGGGAGACAUCGACCCGGCCACUGCCGUAACAGACCCGGUCACGGGAAAACUGAUCCUCAACUACGCUCAGAUCGAUCCGUCCCACUUUGGCAAGCAGGCACAAGUGCAGACUACCACAGAGACGGUGCCCAUCACCCGGCAGCAGUUCUUCGAUGGCGUCAAACACAUUGGCAAGGGGGCACUGCGCCGUGACUCCGAGGGCAGCUCGGAGGACGACAUGACCCAGCAAUAUGGCAGCGAUACAGUCAAGGACAUUGUGCUAAGCAGUCCAAGCCAGGCGGGCGCCAGCUCCAAGCUGGGGAAGCCAGUGAGCACGCCCACCGUAGUGAAGACGACAACGAAACAGGUGCUGACCAAGAACAACGACGGCGUCACACACAAUGUGGAGGAGGAGGUCCGAAACCUGGGCACGGGCGAAGUGACCUUCUCGACACAGGAACACAAGGCUGAUGCAACACCAACCGAUCUGAGCGGCGCUUAUGUCACGGCCACCGCUGUCACCACCCGCACAGCCACCACGCACGAGGAUCUGGGCAAGAACGCCAAGACCGAGCAGCUGGAGGAGAAGACCGUCGCCACCACACGCACGCACGACCCCACCAAGCAACAACAGCGCGUCGUCACCCAGGAGGUGAAGACGACGGCGACGGUAACCAGCGGUGACCAGUAUCAGAGACGGGACAGCGUUUCCUCGACCAGCUCGGGCGAUUCGGGCACGCCCAUCGAUGGACCAUAUGAUGGUUCUAGUGUGGUGCGCACAGACAACCAGAAAUCUCCGCUUUACUCGAGCUCCGCGACCACAACCACUGGCCCCCAUGUGGAGAGCACCCGGGUGGUGCUUGGCGAGGACACACCCGGAUACUCGGGACACGGCGAAAUCAUCUCUACCCAGACCGUGAGCAGUAAAACCCGCACUGUGGAAACCAUUACCUACAAAACCGAACGCGAUGGGAUUGUUGAGACCCGUGUGGAACAGAAGAUCACCAUUCAAUCCGACGGAGAUCCGAUCGAUCAUGACAAAGCUUUGGCAGAGGCAAUACAAGAAGCGACGGCCAUGAAUCCGGACAUGACAGUCGAGAAGAUUGAAAUUCAACAACAAACACAGUAGAUUUUAUACCUAUUUCUAAAGAUUUUCGAAGUAAACAGCACACUCCCACUCACUACCAACACUCAACCCAACAACAAACAUAUACACCGACCCACGCAUAAAAUUACAACUACAAAUACAAAAUCGAGAUACACAGCA